AUCCGAACCCAGACCAGUCGCAGCCAUUUUACUCCGCGAAAUAAACUUCAAUCUCCUAGCUAGAGGAAACACGAAAUACAUGACAUAGCUCGGCUGACAUUCAUGGAUAUCUCGUUGUGAACCAGUCUUCGGAGAGACUCGGGUUUCAAGUCUUCGCAGUUUGGUUUGACUCCAUGGCUUAGAGGGACUCUUGCAAGCAUUUAUCCCAGACACAUCUUUCCUCUUUCCUUUGAGAUCCUCUGCUACUGCAGGUAGCAGUGAGACUUGACCAAGAGGACAGUGACCCGUACUCUGUAGCUUGCCUGGGACCCUCUCCAAUUGCCUCCCGAGGCAGGAUGGAGCCCGAGGCCUCUCAGGGGCAGCUUGGAGCAGAGGGGGACUGUGAGAUGUUGAGUUUUCUGUUGCCUAGUCCCCAGAGCGAGGCGGUUACCCAUGAGAUGGAAGAGCUGUCGCUGCAGCCCACACAGAGUCUGCCUCCACUCAAUGAGCGCAAAAACGUCCUCCAGUUGAGACUUCAGCAGAGGCGAACCCGGGAGCAGCUGGUAGAGCAGGGCAUCAUGCCACCUCUGAAGAGCCCGGCAGCUUUCCACGGGCAGAUUCGCAGUUUGGAGAGGGCCAGGACUGAGAAUUUCCUCAAGCACAAGAUUCGCAGUCGUCCAGAAAGAGCAGAGUUGGUCAGGAUGCACAUCCUGCAAGAGACUGGAGCAGAACCUUCACUACAGGCCACACAGAUGAGACUGAAGAGGGCCCGACUGGCCGACAACCUAAACGAAAAGAUCGCCCAGAGACCCGGGCCCAUGGAGCUGGUGGAGAAGAACAUCCUGCCAGUGGAUUCCACCCUUAAACAGGCCAUCAUCGUGGGCCAGGUGAACUAUCCCAAGGUGUUGGAUGAAGACAGUGGUGAUGCCCUGUCCCCAGAGCAGCCAGCCAGCCAAGAGUCUCAGAGUUCUGUCCCAUCUCCAUCAGAGGGCAAAGUGCCAGAGACACCAUCUCCAGCCCAAGCCCUACCAGCACUACCCAACUCCAUGCUGCAGACCUUCCCAGUUGUUACACACACAACAACAGAUUUGGUAAAAGUGAUCUCCACCAGUGAGCCACCCGUCAGCCGCCCAGCUGUUACUCUAGCACAGCCGAUCACCGCAGCUGCUCCUUCAAAACCAGGCCCAACGCUGGUGAAACAAAGCCAGCAGAAGACACCCUCAGAGAAGAGCCGCAGUAAGAAGGGCAAAGAGCCCAAGCCCAGAGUGAAGAAGCUCAAGUACCACCAGUACGUUCCCCCAGACCAGAAGCAGGAGGCCACUGAGGCACCCAUGGACUCCUCUUAUGCUCGACUACUGCAGCAGCAGCAGCUCUUCCUCCAGCUGCAGAUCCUGAGCCAGCAACAGCAGCACUACAACUACCAGACUAUAUUACCAGCACCACUCAAACCUGUGGCAGAAGGUCAGAGCAGCAGCGCCAACAGCCUGCCAACUUCCAUUGUGGUGUCUUUACCCCCUGCACCUCCACCUCCUCCUGUGGCUCCAGCUCCUGCUCGCCCAAACAACUCACUGUCAAACCGCAAACCAGGAGUUUUGCCUGCCAACUUGGAGGAGAUGAAGGUGGCUGAGUUAAAACUGGAGCUAAAGCUGCGUGGCCUGCCUGUGUCAGGAACAAAAACUGAUCUGAUAGAAAGACUGAAGCCUUUCCAGGACAAUCCCAGCACCACUGCCCCUACCACCUUCCCUGCUACUACCACUACCACCCUCUCCUCUGUUCCCAUGGAGGUCACCAGCACCACUACUGCCCCUGCUAUAGUCCUCCCAGUCCAGCAGGUUACUCCAGAGAGCAUGAACCACACACCACCUGUUUCACCCAUUCCCACUGAUAUCUCCACCCUUCAGCAGGAUGUAGGCAUGUCUGAGGCUCCCUCUGAAACACAUAUGUUGAGCUCUGGCAGGGCAGGUCCAGAUUCCAAAUGUGUCUCAUCUUUCCAAGUCCCUGAGGAAAAGGACAGGAGGCUCCAUGAGAAGGAGCGGCAGAUAGAGGAAUUGAUGAGGAAGCUGGAGCAGGAGCAGAGGCUGGUGGAGGUGCUGAAGAUGCAGCUGGAGGUGGAGAAGAGGGCCAGUACUGCCGACUCUGCCUCUGUAACUCCGAAAGUCACCUCUGCACCUGCAAUUAACCCUGUUCCUGCUGUCCUGAACUCAAAUGUAGUAAAAAUGGAGGGUGCAGUCCUGACAAACUGUUCAACCACUACUGCUACAAUCCCUAACUCUGUCCUACGCUCCCAGGCUCUGCCCCCAUUGCCAACAGUGGUCAAGUUAGAGGAUGUUACUGUGUCUUCUGGCAAACCACUUCAGCUCCAGACCCAAACCCAGAUCAUCACCCAGAUCCAGCCCCAAGUAACCACCAGCCCACAGCUACUCCCGCAGUCACAGAGAAGUCCCAAGCUCCAAACCCAGACCCAGUCGCAACCCGCAGCCCCCAGUCUGCAGCAGUUUUUCAUCAGCCACACAGGUGGGGUGUCCCAAGUGCUGGGGCAGCCUCAGACCUUGUUAACCACAUCUGGUCAACCUCAGACUCUGCUGACCACGACAGGCCAGGCGGGAACUCAGAUCCUACUCCCUGUGUCACUCUCCAACAAUGCUACUGCAAUUCAGCUGCCAAGCACCACUGUCAGCCUGCAGCCUGUUCUUCAGGCCACAGUCUCAAGCCCUGGCCUUGUCCAGGCGUCAGUUCCUCAGCUGCAAGCCACCAAGAUGGAGACGGCACCCAGCCAGCAAACAGCCAACCACAACCAACUGUUACAAACCGUUACCAUGUGCAAUAACACCACUGGUGUAGAGAACCAGAGUAGAGCUGAAAUGAAUCCUCAUUGUUUCCUGAGAAGCUCCCCAGAGAACAGGGUCUCUCCACGUGCUUCACCCAACCACCACAUCUCCAACGGGCCCUUCGAUAAGUCUUCCUCUCCUCAGCCCGCCUUCAUCCUCCAGCCCACCUCCCUUGUUACUCAGCCUCCCAAGACAAGAGAGCCUCCCCGCUAUGAGGAGGCCGUCAAGCAGAGCCGCAGCUUGCACAUUAACAAUGUUUCACAGGUUCCCACAGCAACCAGCCAGCAAAUGGAUGACUUGUUUGACAUUCUCAUAGAGAGUGGAGAAAUCCCACCAUUUAUCCAGCAGGACCCUUCACUGUCUCUCACUAAGACACUCCCAGUCACAGCAAACAUCACUACCCUGCCAGUCAACACUGCUCUCUCCAGGCCACCUCCACAGAUCCAGGUGGCCCCUCCGCCCACCCUGACCCCCGCCAUCGACCACAACAUGGCCAGCCUCUCCUCACUGGCUUUAGACAAUCAGCUGGAGGCCUUUCUGGAGGGCACACUGGCUGACACGUCGCCAGAGUCAGAUCCACGCACACGGGGCCUGAUGGAGGAGCUGCAGGCCCAACUGAUGGACCAUCAACCCUACUCGCCUAUGGACACAUCAGACCUGUCCUUCUGUGAUUCUUCAUCGCCCCCCUCCUCACUCAACAUGGGUCUGUCCGACCCAGGCCUGGACAAUAUGGAGUGGCUGGACCUCACCAUGCCACCAGGCCCUGCUGGAGUACUCACACCUCUGGGUAUCCCAGCAGACUUCCUGGAUCCCCAUGACCUGUAACAGCAAUGGGACUGAUGGAAGGAUGGAUGAAAGAAAAGGAAAGGUUGAGGGCGUUGAUGGAGUAGUUGAGCCAGAGGUGAGAGAUAAAUUGAUGGAUGGAUGGAUGGAUGGAGGAAGGGAAGAAGAAAGGGGCUAACAGCCACCAAAAGUUUGAGUUUCAACAUUUUAAUUAAGGAAGCAAAGGUAGGAGAAAACAUGGCAUUUCAAUGCCAUAUCACUCUUACCACUACAUCCAUACCAUCUGUAAUAUUCCCAUUGUACUACAGUAAGGGACGCUGUACAGGCAGUGCUCUGAAUCAAGCUGAACUACAAGCAGGAGUUUGCACAGCUUCAGUAACGUCAUCACUAAGGUGAUCAUGGUCACCUGUAGUAGUAGUGAUAAAGGGAUUUUAAACUGAGUUUAAAACUGACUUUUUCAGUCUUUGAUGUCCCGGUUUUAACAAUCAGAGAAGAGGAGACAGAGCCAAAUGAAUACCGGUAGCUCGGAUUGUUUGUAAAUACUCUUUAAACCACAUUAAUACAACUGAACAUUCUCACCGACAGAGAACUUGACAUCGGCCGCUUGUUUCUACUGGUUUGACUUCUGUGUUUUUUUUACUGUGUAAGCACAGUAACUAAAUGUAAAAGGGUUCAUAAAUACUUCUGGAGGUGGUCUGAUGUGAAGACCUUUGUUCCACUGAAGCAUGCUGUGCCAUAAUAGGAUAUAAGAGCUGGGCGUGAUGUUGCACUAACGGUGUUUCUGACAGUGCAGACUACAGAUGAAAUCUAGUUGUAAUCAAGAAAUUGAUUCAUUUCUCAGUAAAAAUGCAUCUGAGGCUUGGCCUGGGACAUCGGUGCGUCUUAGAUGUCACCACUUCACCUGGGAAAGCUUAGACUAAACCAGUCUAGGUACUGUUAGGAGUUGCUUCAGCCUGUCAACACUGCUGGUUUCCUUUCUGAUUGGAAGCCAGAUGUGCUCAGUCAGUUGGUCACAGAGCCAGAUUUUAAAGGGAUUCCUAGCUAAGCGAAGGUCAGGUCUCUGUUCUCACUGGUCCAGUCUACCAUAUACUGUAGAUUUCAUGUUUGCUGACUGAUCUGAUAAGUUGUAUCAGACGUGACUAUUCUCUUCUGUUCAAGCUGAUGAACCAAUGACUCUAAAGAACAAAGACUCGACUUUAGUCGGACGACGAGAGGAGCGAGCUCCUCCAUCUAUGUGAGAGCUAUGCACUAAAAAGCGAUCUGACGACGCACCUCAUUCACCUCAGAACAAGGAAAUGUGAACUUUGCAUAUCCAAGGUGACCGUUAAUUUGAAGUGAUCAAUAUGGCUGUGAUGAUCGCAAAGAUCGUCUGGCCAAAACACUCCAGAGAUACUGCAGUUGUCCAAGUAUCUUAUUUUGAAUGUAAUUUUGAAAAGAUUGAAACAUGGGACUUAAAUCACAACGUUGGCAGCUUUUUUUCUUGUUAUAGUAAACUGACGUAAAACAGUGGAAAAGGGAACAAAUACCAGUUUAUGACACAUGAAGACACACGUACAUAAUAGGUUUGAGCGGUGCAAGUUAUAACGAGGAAUAACGAUGUCUUUGGAAGAUGAGCUUUAUAUCUAGCUGUCCUGCAGUAUCCCUGCACUUUGUCUCUGUGUGUGUGUGAAUGCGCAUGUGUGGGUGUGUGAGUAAGAGUGCAUGAGCGUGUGCGUGCGCGCACGUGUGUCAGGGUGGGAAAUUACUGCAUCACUAGCCAACAAACAAGCUAGAUAACAAUUAGCUUGUAGCUGAUAAGUUGGUCUGUUUUAUCAGCUUAGUUACUGAGCAGCCAAACAUCCUCCAUGUGGAGGAAUGAGGAUAUUCUGAAGUAAUUUUUGGCUGGUGAAACAGUCUGAAUUGUGACACAUCAGCUACUGAGGCCUGCGGACACAGUUAGUUUCCUGACCAAGUGGGUGCUUGACAGAAGCAAGUAAGAAAGCAUGUUUGUGUGUGUGUGUGUGUGUGUGUGUGGUUUUGUCUCUAUGUCUUUUGCAUGUACAUGUCUCUGUGUGCAUGAUUGUAUUCACGUUUAAUCUUGGGCUGCUUUGAGCUCUUUCUCAGUCGUCGUCCACAAGUUGUCUGAAGAAAUUUGCAAAUAUCUCUAAAAUCCAAUCAUUUGUUAUCAAAUCAACAUAUUCAGAACUGAACUCUUCAAAAGGCUUCUGACGACUGUUUACCAUUUUUAUCUGUGUUGUUCGAUUGGUGUCCUACAGUCAUAAACGCACAGACACCUUUGAGGUGUGGUAUACAGUGGGGCAUCAGUAAAGAGGGCUUAGCUGCUUUUAAAGCCGUCAUAAAUUCUCGCUGUUUUAUUUUUAAUGUAUUUCAUCAUAUCUCACCCAGCGUUCCUUUUCAAACCCAAACACUGAGUGACUGAUUCAGUAUCUGAGUUACAGUCUCAUUGUAUGGCACUUUGAAAUAAGACUGCUUUUUAAUUGUCAUUUUUAAAAAUUCAAUCAUGUCCAGUGAAAUUGCAUCAACAGAACAUUUUGACCACUUUAUUCUGUCAUUAUGUCCAUGGGCACUAGAGGGCGAUACCUGUCUUUUGUUGUUGUUGUUCACAGCACAUUUUCAGUGGCAACUGUUAGUACUUCAGGGUCAUUUCUUUCUAAAAAAAAAAAAAAAAAAAGUUAAAAGGGGCUGGAUUUUUUUUUCCUCAUUUUAAAUGAAUCUAUUCUCUUCCUGUUUAACGCUGAUUUGAUGUUCACAUUAGCAAUAAUGUGGUGAUCUGAGCAAAGUGAUUGAGAGCCCUUUAUGUCAACACUUUCUUGUCAAAGAAGUGUGACGCUCUUACUGCUGCACUUACAUAUUUGCCAUCAAAUCAGGCCAAGACACAUGAAUGUGCAGAAAUCUAAGAUGUUUGACCAGCUGAAAGAGUUGCGCCAAAUACUGCACAGAUUUCUGUUUUUUGGCUUUAUUGUAUUUUCUACAAACAAAACACCCGCGUAAACCCCAUCCAGAGAUGGCUGCAACCCCUGGUCACCUCUGGUGGGUGCUCCUUUGCUUCAGUUACUGUGGUGCUCGGUCGCCCAGUAUACCUGCUUGCAAGUCUAGUUGAGUGUUAAAUCCUAGACAGGUCUAGACUAAGAAUCACUAGUUGAUUCAUGUGUGUCCUAGAAGAGAUGACAAGUUAAUGAAAAAAAGAAUUUCAGUCUGUCAGCUUUAAGGUUAUUUACUUUGCUAUUUUGUUGCCAAACUGGCAGUGGAACAUAUUGUCACAUUUUGUUAAUUUCCUCACAGUUUUUGUAUUUAUCACUUUUUCUAGGGAGAAAAGUAAAAGACAAAAAAAAAACCAUUUAAUCUUGUUUUCAUGCUUAUGUGAAAUCUGUAAAAGAAGAAUUUGUGUGUAUAUAUUUUUGUUUUGCAGAGAUUCUUUCAUUUUAUUUUUCCUAUCAGACAUACAUAACUCUUUUGGCUGCAGUAAAUCUACAUGCGUGAUUUACGCUCAAUGUGACACCACUUACCAUUGGAAACUGUGGUCGCUGUCUGGGACUGCUUUCAGCUGUCCCAGACAGGGACAGCUGAAAGCAAUAAUGGCUGCUCUCCCAUGAUCUACUGUACUGUAUGUCAGAUCCUGCCUUGAUUUUUGUUAAUGUAAGAGCUUUUACUACAGAGUAAUACAGAUUAAAAGUUGAAAAGCACUUAUAUCUGAGUGGUUGCAUGGGGGCUUGGGUGAACAACCCUGUUGUGUCAGAGGUUUGUGGAAGCUCCAUCGCUCUCAAGAACUCCUCAAGGUUCUUUGAACGUCCCCACACUGACUUCAGCGCUCCCACUUGUUCAGGUUCACCUGCGCCAUCUGUUAUCAUGUACAACCUUGUAUAUUUUUUGGUGGAGAGGCUGAACUUACAGUAGCUUUUACAGUAGUAAAAGCACACGAGUCGCAGAGUUUCUCCACCCUCGUCAGUUGAUUUACAUCCUGCAUUGUAGUGCAUUGAGUCUCCUUUCUGUCUCCACCACCCAUGCCAUGCCUCUUGUUGUUGGUAUGUCAUAUGUUUUGCACAUUGUGUACAUAUUUAUAUAGAUGUAAUGCAUAUUUUUUAUACAUGUGUAACAUCCAUUGAUUCUCUUUUGUAAAUACUUUAAAAGAUGUAUAUAAGUGCUGUAUGCCUUUGUGUCAAUAAAAUUUGGUGUAA